UGUUCGGUCUCAGACACUCAGAGCAGCACCACUCAGGCUUAACCAUGAAAUUUGUGGCUAUUGCACUGACUCUCCUCCUCGCUGUGGAUUCCCAGGCCCGCUUCCUGCAGGCUGAUGCUCCCUCCCAGCUGGAGCACUACAAGGCAGUAGCCUUGGUGUACCUGACCCAGGUCAAGGAACAGGCUCAGAAGACUCUCGAUCACUUGGAUGGAACAGAGUAUGAGCAGUACAAGUUGAAACUCUCAGAGAGUUUGACCAAGCUGCAGGACUACGCCCAAACCUCCUCCCAGGCUCUGACCCCCUACACAGAGUCCUUCUCCAACCAGUUUUCGGAGACCACCAAACUGCUGCAUGAGCGCAUCAUGACUGAUGUUGAAGACCUCCGUUCCAAGCUGGAGCCCCACCGUGCUGAGCUGCACAACAUUCUGCAAAAGCACAUGGAGGAAUACCGCGAGAAGCUGGAGCCACUCUUCCAAGAGUAUGUGACCUUGAACCGUGAAAAUGCAGAGCAACUGCGUGCCAGGAUGCAGCCCAUGGUCGAUGAAAUGAGGCAGAAGAUCGAGACCAAUGUUGAAGAGACCAAGACUAAGCUGAUGCCCAUGAUUGAGGCUGUGCGCACCAAGCUGACCGAACGUCUGGAGGAUCUGAGGACCAUGGCUGCCCCCUAUGCUGAGGAAUACAAGGAGCAGCUGGUGAAGGCUGUUGAGGAGGCCAGGGAGAAGAUUGCUCCACACACCCAGGACCUGAAUGCCCGCUUUGAGCCCUACAUGGAGGAGCUGAAGGUCAAGUUUGCACAGUGGUAUGAAACUAUCUCCAAGUCCAUCCAGGCAUAAAAAGUGCACAGCAAGGACUCAUAAAUACUCACAAGCAAGAACAGCAAAGCACAGACAUUCUUAAUGGAUUGUAAGAGUGUUUGGUGGGGGAAAGAGUAAUUGUGCAAGGCUUGUUAGUUAAAUGUUCAAUGUAUUGUUAAAUAAAAUCCACAUAAAG